CGAAGGGAAGAGAAGAUAAAGAAGGAGAAAACACUGAAGAAGUAGAGAAGAAAAGGAGGACCAGUAGAAGAAGGAGAAAACAUUGAAGAAGAAGAAAAAGGAGAAAACACUGAAGAAGAAGUAGAGAAGAAAAGGAGGACUAGUAGAAGAAGGAGAAAACAAUGAAGUAGAAGAAGGAGAAAACAUUGAAGAGGAAGAAGAAAAAAACACCGAAGAAUAAAAGGAAGAAACACUGAAAAACUAGGAGAAAACAUUGAAGAAGAAGAAAGAGAAAACACCGAAGAACAAAAGGAGGAAACACUGAAAAAUAGGAGAAAACAUUGAAGAAGACGAAUUAGCAAACACAGAAGACGAAGAAGAGUACCGUAGAAGAGGACCAGUGACACUCCAUUCACAUCCACAGUCUUGACAGUUCAACCUCAAGAGCAGACCAAAGAAGAAUGAGUGCUCGUCGAGGAAUGGUGGAGGAGGACACGGAGGAGCUGGACGGGGGGCCGGGGCUGGCGUACAUGCCCUUCGUGGUGAUGGACGACCUGCUGGACAAACUCAAACUGCUCGGCUACGACAAAGACUUCCUCAUUGACCUCAAGAUGAAGCCAUUGAACAGACAUUACUUCGCCAUGCCCACCAACCCUGGGGAGCAGUUCUACCUCUUCACCUCCCUGGCGGCGUGGCUCAUCCGCAAGGCUGGCAGGCAAAUGGAGCCACCACAGGAGUAUGAUGACCCCAACUCCACCGUAUCCAGCAUCCUUGACCACCUCCGCCAGCUGGGAGUCGCAGUGGACUUCCCCCCUAGCAAGCUGAAGGCAGGCUGCGGUGAACAUGCUAUUUUUGUUCUCGACAGACUGGCUGACUUUGCUCUCAAGAACUCCAACUUUAUGUGGAAAAAACCCACCUACCCAGCAGAGGACACAGGGGGAGAAGAGGGGGAUGUGGAGGACGAGUCAGAGCUCACCCUCGACAAAGUGGAGGAGGAGAUGAUGGCAGAGUAUGUGGAUGAGGAGGAAGAAGAGGAGGAGAACAUUCUGCACAUGGAUGACCUCAAGGACCUGAAUAAGAACAAGGAUGGUGACGCAUGGCCGGACGAGAUCCUGAUGUCCAACACAACGCAGGAGGAGUGGAAGCUGGAGCUGGAGCGCGUCCUGCCGCAGCUCAAGGUUACCAUACGCUCAGACACCCGAGACUGGCGGUCACACAUAGAGCAGAUGCACGAGCACCGCGCCAAGAUCAACGAGACGCUCACCUUCACCGAGAAGCAGCUGGACGGCCUGCACUCCGAGAUCACCCGCAGCCUGGAGAAGAUUGGCUCUCGGGAGAAGUACCUCAACGGGCAAUUAGAGCCGUUGCUGCUGGAGUAUCGCAAUCUGCAGAAUGUUGCUGCCGAGAGCCGAGAGCAGUACCGUCAGGUGUCAUCCAAACUUGUUGAGAAGUCCCAUGAGCUGUCGCAUAUCUCAGACGAGCUGGAUCGAGUCAAGCAUGAGAUGGAGGAACGGGGGUCCAGCAUGACAGAUGGAACCCCUCUGGUGAACGUGAGGAAGGCACUGACCCGCGUGAGGCACGAGAUCACCGCCAUGGACGUGCGCAUCGGUGUGGUGGAACAGAAGCUGCUGCAGGCCAAGCUGAAGGACAAGUCUAACCUGCAGCGUGACAUGAAUGCGCCCAUCUACAACAACAUGGACAUGGGACUCUUCUAAGGCAUGGCAGUGGCUUGUGGAGGUGUGAUGACUCUCCAAAGGGCCAAGGCAGUGGGAGUCUGGGACCAUGAGGGCUUAUGCACACUCACCAAAGAUGCAGAAUUAUAAUAAACUCUAGUCAGCUCCAGUCAUUAGUAGCAUAAGCACAUAUCCUUAAUUGAAAGUUUGGCUUCUUUCUUGUUUGUUUUCUCUGGUCUCCAUAUGUCUUGUUCAAAUGACCAACUCUAUCUAAGUGAAAGGAGGAAGAAUGAGCAGUUUCAUCUUGCAAUUGUUUGACAGGUUAUGAUAUCUUGCCAAAAUUUCUGUAUGAUGGGUAGUGUGAAUAUUGUAUAAGUGAGUGAAAGGCUACUGUAUAGAGAAAGAGUGGUAAAAGAUAGUGUAUUAGUGAAAAUUUGAUGAAUGACUGAUAAACAAGGUUGAUUUUUAUAGGCACUGACAACUUUUAAAGUAUUUUUCAUAUUGAAUGUGGAGAUGUCUCUCGUAAUUCACAAACUAAAGCAUGCAGACAAUAAUCAGCCAGGGUGUAGACAUGGGAAGCUCCUGAAGGUUUAUUCAUUCCUCUCACUAUGUAUAUAAGUGACGUGUAAGUGGUCAGCACAGGUAUGAAUUACUUAUAAGGGGUCAGUUGUAUCCUGUCAGAGGAAUAGCAACAACAUAGUUCUGUGAUCCUCUGAUUAUCAUGUUCCAAGGACUUCUUUCUCCUCCUCAUAUGUUAUUUUUGAUUGAGAAAGUAUCCUCCAUCCAGGGGUUACCUUGCUCUUAAUUGUUCCUCAUCAUUGUUUCUGAUGGUGCUGAAUAUAACAACCAUCCAUGUACGUUCUUCUCUCCUAAUCUUCUUCCUUUUCCUCCUCACAGUGUCUCUGGUGUGAUGUCAGGGAAGUAUAUAAUCCGUCCAUAUGAAUCAUUUGUCACGGUGCUUUUAAUAUAUAUGUCUACCGGGA